GCAGGUUGGUGAGAAGAAUUUAUGGCUCUUCCCUCGCCCGGAGGUAGAAGAGUGUCCGGGUUGCUGCAACAGGGGCUUCCACUGCGUCUUGCUGUCUUUUUCCUCGGAUUGUAAGGCUUUGGGCUGAUUCUUGUUUCUGCAGGAUUCCUGCGUUCCCUAAUAGUUGUCAUGGGGGCUUCUGAGAGUUUCCCAGCUACGCCCACCUGCACACCUUUGCUGAAUAAGCACCUGAGACACGUCAGUGACCCAAGAUCACCUACGGCUGGGAUCCUGCGAACACCCAUUGAGGUAGAAAGUUCCCCCCAAGACAGAACACCUUUUCCAAAAGAGGGGGACUUGGUAGCCAAAAGCCAGCAUGAGAACUGGGAUCCUCGUUCCCCAACUCCAGGAAUUUCUCGCACCCCUCUAAAAGCUGUGUUAGCUGAUACCAUAAACUAUCCAGUGAAGCUGUUCUGUGAAAACUUUAUGGGAGGAAAUUCAGAGGAAGAGCUAUCUCAAGAGGAAUCUCAGCAUCAGGAUCAGAAAUCUGAACUCACCUUUGGAAUAGAGGAGAGGACUGCAAGGAACACAAUUUCUUCUGGGGAAAUUUUCCCAGAGGGUUCCCAGCAAGCAAAGGAGGAGAAAAAUGAACAGUUGCUUUCCAUGGUGUCUGUUGCAGCUGCAACAAAACCAGUUCACCCUGCCCGCAUCAGUCUGCCUACCGGGAGCAAGUCAGUAAGACACAGAGUCAGUAACAAAAUGCUGGCAAUGCCAACUGGCACUGGACGUUCCCCGCUUAGUAUCCUUCAUGGUGACAAUUCUCCAAUUUCCCUUGCUUCUCACCAGAGUAAAAGGAGUUCAUCAGUGACAGUCAGUCAAGGAGAGCCAAAGGAUGGAACCUUAAGCUCUGGAUCAAACUUUACAGCAGGUAGCUGUAGCUGGGAUCCCAUGAAUAAAGAGAAUCGACAGUGUCGAUGGGUGGAAAAUUAACUUCACAUGCUCCAUGGAUUACUAGCCUUUAGUAUGGAGGUUUGAUUGGCUCAAGCAUGAAAACCACGAAGUAGCAUGACUUUCUGCUUCUUGCCCAUUUCCCUCCUGCUACUUUUUUCUGUCUUUGGUUUUCAUAUUUAGGUUGUAUCAUGGAUAGAUUCUCCUGUAUAACUACUUUUUUUAAAAAAACGUCUUUGUCUGGAAUGUCUGUGUCUGGAAAAUAAAUCUUUUAGAAUGAAGUGCUGCAUUAUUUUAAAACCUUCAGCACAGCUGGAAAGCUAUCCCAGGAGUACAUUUUGUUAGGGUCUGAAACUGGUUUUUGCAGAAGCUAACACUGGAUGUGGAAAUCCACAAGCCAGAAGAACAGAAUGUGGGAAGAAAAGUGGAGAGUGCUAGCUGAUAUGCCUCACUGGCUGAAAUGAACUAGUGGGCAAGUAUCCUAUUUGCCUUGAGUCUCUGGGCAAUAGAAUAAAUUGUACCCUUUUGUUGCUUGGUUCAUGGGAACCAGAACAAUAUGGAAUAAUGCAGGGCAAUCAUAUGAGU